AUGCAAACGGGGAUUAAUAAUGGCACGAUUAAUGCUCAUUUUCUCCAUGCAGACCCCCUGGACAAACUACCAAUUGUGAAGGGGGCCGAGUUUGACUCUUAUACGAAUCAGCAUCAAGACGAAUGUCUUCCAGGCACCAGGACCGAGCUUCUCAACGAGGUUGCAGAAUGGGCGGUGUCACCGGAGGGAAAGCUUAUCUUCUGGUUGAAUGGGAUGGCUGGGACCGGGAAAUCGACGAUCUCCCGCACUGUGGCUAGACGCUUGGAAGAAGAGAAGAUACUAGGAGCAAGCUUCUUCUUCAAGAGGGGCGAGGGGGAUAGAGGGAAUGCGAUAAAGAUUUUCCCGACGAUUGCAAGACAACUAGCGAAGAGCAUUCCCCAACUGACACCCGGUGUGCGAAAAGCAAUCGACAACAACUCUGACAUCGGAACGAAAGGGCUGAAGGAACAGUUUGACAAAAUACUCCUUCAACCUCUACUGGACUUAGAUUCAUCCGCUCUCUCGGUCCUAAAUGUGGUCAUACUAAUGGACGCACUAGACGAAUGUGACGUGGAUAAAGACGUGCGACUUAUACUCCAAUUGCUACCACGGCUACAAAAUUCAAAGGCUAUGCGUCUACGAGUGUUGUUGACUAGCAGGCCUGAAUUACCAAUCCGCCUAGGAUUCAAAAAACUUGCACACCAAGAUCAUGAAGACUUGAUGAUAGCCUAG